AUGCCGCCAAAACGAAAGAACUCGCUCACACCACAAACAACCAAUACCAAAAAGGUAAAAUCAAAGGAAGGUGCCCCUGACGCCUCUCAAAAUGAAAAUGAAAAGCAACCAACCGAGGCUGUUCCGACACAAAAACCUGUUGCAAGAGGUCGCGGUAGGCCAAGAAAGCACCCUAUUGUAGACCAACAGAAAGUACCGGCCGAUCAGUCAACCUCAAGCUUGGCAAUAGGUAACCCUCCGCACUUGUCGGCGGGGAGCAACCUUGCUGGCCAAGGCUCGCAGGUACCUAUAUCUCAGAACAAAGAAACUCCUGUUGUUAAACCGCGUAGAGGACGGCCAAGGAAAAAUCCACUCCCAGUCGAGUCGGCGCCCAAGGGGGAUCUGCUGCCGCCCAGAGACGUAAGCGCAAAAGAACCAGAAGGCAACGAUAAGAGCGCUCCUCCCGCUUUAUCGACCGGUACUCAGCAGACUAUCCAACAGACUAUCCAACAGACUACCCAACAGACUACCCAACAGCCUACCCAACAGACUACCCAACAACCAUUGAUUAAAGACGCUGCCACGAUCACAGAUAUCACCAUUUCGAAUGGUAGUGAAUCAAUAGAUCUAUUACUACAUCAUACCGCCUUGCACACACAGAAUAUUAUAUCCAUGAGCGAGUCUACUCCCUCGCCAAAAAAGAGAGGUAGACCAAAGAAAGUCAUAUCUACGCCAGCUCCCGUAACUGCUUCACAGAAAGAAUCCGUCUUCCAACCGGUUGCCAUAGCACCAGCAGAGACCGGUGCCAAAACUUUGGGUGAUUCGGUCGCCGUCAGUGCAUCUCCUACGAAAGGAAAACGUGGACGUCCUCGGAAAAAUCCUCUUCCCGAAGGAACUGAACCACCCAAAACCACAAAAGUUAAUAAGGAAGAUAGUGUCAAAUCGACAAGCGGCACAACCUUGGGUGACACUCAACCCGCGUCUGUAGAACCAACUCAAGAAGCAGCAGUUGUCAAGAAAGGGCGUGGUCGUCCACGUAAAAACACGGUCGAAAACAAAGACGUUAAUAAUAAAUCAACAACCGCGAAAUCGCUUCCGGCCGAGGGUGAAAAACCGAAAAGCAAACGCGGUCGGCCCAAGAAACAGGUAUCUCCAGAAGAGAGCGCGAAAGUAACAAAGCCAAAAGAUCCUUCCGCGCCAACACAAGCACGAAGAGGCAGGCCGCCAAAGCGUAAAACACCCGAUAACGUUCAAUCUGACGCUUCUUGGGCACCGCAGGUUCCAGAGAAAGUUGACACGGUAUCAGGUGAACGAUCUGUAAUCGGAGGAAGCACUGUUUCGGAUAAACCGAACGUGAAAAAACCAAGGCUAGACGGUACUGGGUCAAUUGAAGACAUAAUUGAAUCGGUUAAAUAUGCGCCUCAGCCGGAGUCUUUGUUGCAUGAGGAGCGUUUGAAAAAACUAGAGAACAUGAGGAAUCUUUUGAGCUCUUCCUCGCAAGCGAACCGUGAGGAAGUUUUUGCUGAACAUCAACGAAAGAAGAUUAAUCAUAAGGAGGAGGUUCGACGAGAAUAUAAAAAGGCAGAAGCAGAGAAACUGCUUUCGCGGCAGGAAAUUGAAAGAGCAGGUGGUGAUUACGAGCGGUUGAGGUCAUGGACAUACUCGGCCGAGGAGGCUGAAAAAUGGGAAAAGAGAGAAGAAAAAAAGGCUAAACGUAAAGAAAUUGGAUUUACUGAUUACAAUCAAGUAGCAGAGAAGAAAUAUCGCCGACAAAUUCAUGAACUUAAACCCGAUCUCCAUGCAUAUCAAGAGGCAAAAGCACAGGCUGGAGCUUCGUCCGUUGAUGAUACGAAUUUCUAUCGUGAUGCCAAUUCCUUGGCUUUUGCUGGAGUCGAUAGUCAGCCCAGUCGACAGGCAGUUGAAAAGCUUGUUACUGAUGUUAAUAAACAGGUCGAACAACGAGAAAAGUUUUCGCGGCACAAGCCUGUUAAUGAUGAAGAAGAUAUCACGUAUAUUAACGAACGUAACCGACAUUUCAAUGAAAAGAUUGAUCGAUACUACGGAAAAUACACUAAAGAGAUCAGAGAAAACUUUGAGCGUGGCACUGCUUUGUAA